AACAGAGCGCUCUUAAUUUACUGAAUCUGUACAUUUUUAGGCAAUAAUUGUGAAAAUGAAGUUCGUCUCAAAGUUGCUCAAUUGUCUCUUAUUGCUCAUGUGUAUACUCGUGUAUGGUAAGACUAUAUUUAUCUUUUCUCCAGUUGUGUCUGAUAUGGAAACAAAAACGAUGUUUGUGAUGGAUGGAGAUUCAGUCACUCUACAAUAUGGCAUUUGGCCUCCAUUCGAUGAAGAUGGGGUUCUUUGGAGAACGAAAGAUUUCGUAGCUGAACGCAUGGGAUAUAGGGAUGCACAUUUCAGAGAUAUCUGUAAAGAUAUCCUGUGUAAAGACCAUAAUAAGAGACUCAAAGACAGACUGAAUCGAGAUGGAUCUCUGACCCUCACAAACACCACAGUCACAGACUCUGGAGAAUACAAUCUGAUGAUCCAGCGUUUAAGAGGAGGAGACAGUUCUGGAUUCUACCUUGUUAUUGUUCCUGGUUUUUUCAGUUUUGAUACAGACGGAGUGUCAGUGAUGGAGGGAGAUUCAGUCACUCUUCACACUGGUGAACAAACGAACCAGGAGAGAAGCAUUGAGUGGUAUUUUAAUAGCACUCACAUUGCUAAAAUCUGUGAAUAUCCCUGUUUAAGCUGUACAGAUGUUCAGUGUAAUAAAGGUAAUGAGAGAUUCAGAGACAGACUGAAGCUGGAUCAUCAGACUGGAUCUCUGACCAUCACAACCAUCAGAACCACAGACUCUGGACUUUAUACACUACAGAUCAGCAGCAGCAGAUUCAGCAUCAUGAGGAGUUUUAGUGUUACUGUCAACAGUGAGUAUUAUUGAGUUGUGAUGCACAAUAUAUCCAUCUUUAAUCUUGGAGGUGGCUGAUUUGAGAGCAAAUGAGACAAGAGCAUAUCUGUCGAAGAGGUUUCAAAUUCUGCAAAGAUCAAAUCAAUUUUAUUGGCAUAAAUCAGUGGUUCCCAAUCCUGGUCCUGAAGAACUCUCAUUAGUGAAGGCUCCAAGACCUCGGAUAUGUGUGUGUCAGAUAAGACAGACCAAAAACGUGGAGUGUUGGGGGUUCUCCAGGACCAGGAUUGGGAACCACUGACUUAAAUGAUUGCAAAAUAUUUUAAGUGGUCCCUGUAAAUGCUCAGUUAAUAUAAAAUCAUCAUGUAAAAGUAACAUGGCAUCAUAUUGGGAAUACUUUAAUCAGUGAGACACCCGAUUAUUUCCAGAAUCAUUUUGGAAAAAAGCUUUUGUCACAUAA